GGGACGAAAAGUCGAGGUCCACGGCUUUCUUGCCUUAUCUUUUCGUAAGCGAGGCGGACGGGAAGCGAAAAACAAGCACAAUUUAGGCGUCUCACAGCAGCAACCCACUGGACAAGCCUGGACUAGCACCACCCCUGCUGCCGAGAUCCUCUUCCGGGGAACUGCAACCACUGAUCAUCUGCUGCAUUCUCUCAUUUUUACCUUGAGAUGUACUAAGGUACCUAUCCAUAGAGGAAAGGACGGCACCGAUAAGGUACCUACCAAGAAACUCACUCAUCACACUCACCUUGCCUUCACCAUCUCACCUCUCACCACUCACCUCACCUGCUACCUUACCUCACCUUUGGCAGUAAUCCUUCCUUUCGUCACCACUGGACCCCAAGUGCCUCACCCACCCUCCCGAACACAGUCCCAGUCCCUCACUUUCUCUCGUCACUUUUCAUCUUUUUCUCCUCUGCCCUCCUUCUGCCGCCUGCAACGUCUUUGAGGAGCUCCCCUCUGCUCUCUGUCCCUCUCACCACCCACCUUCUUCUCUCUGCUCUCGUUCCAUUCGCGACGCCUCCCCCUCGAAUACGUACCUUUCUUGACUUCAGCUACACCACUUCCCGUCGCUCUCCCCACGCUCCGUCCGGGACCAACACGACACACACACACACACACACACACACCUUUUAAUACACGACAGCCGCAGCUCGUCGACCAACCAGCGUCAGAUCGUCACGUCAACGACACAAGGGUCUAGACCUUUCCAACAGCCCUCGUUCGCUUCCUCUCCUCUUUCAACAUCGCCCCCGUUUUCACCACUCGACCUCUCUACGGCAAAGCCACUAAUUAGCUCCCGCCAACCUUUUGACAUCUUUGUUCAGUACAGCUAGCCAAAGCUUGUCUUGACUCGUCUUUCAUCUCGAGGUCAACAGCGACUCUUGAUCAUCACCAACAAGCCGCAAAUCACAACCCGGGCAAUGGCACGAGACGCAACAGCUUGCUAGAAUCAAUCUCCCCCGCCAAUACAGUCCCGAACACCCCAUCCUCCAUCUGAAGGCGUUGACAAUAUGGGCUGCUGUCUCUCCCGUCCACAGGGCUCUAACGCCCCCUACCCAGGUCCGACCAACACGGGCUCCGCGAGAGCUAUCAACUCUGCGCCCGCCUCCGUUCAUCGCGACGAUGACUCCCCUGCCGAGACAACACAGACCUCCUCUGGGCGCCGUCGGGGCCGCCACUCCAGUAUGCCUCUCGACAAGCACAUCAACAAACCUCUGCGCCGCCACGUCUGGACUUCUAAGGGUCGCGCCUGGACCCGUGUCGCAAUAGACCGCGAGCGAAGAGAUUUCUUCGACACCCGCGUCACUGGCCGCCCAGAGGUCUGGCAGUCUUUGCGCGCAGCCCUCGAGGUUAUCUGGGACCCGGUCAGCCAGGGCGCCGCUGACGACGGCACCGAUGGUCUUGCGACAGCGCAAGGCAUUCUCAAUGCGGCUGAGAUCACUCUCCCCACAGGUGAUCUUGCUCAGGGUGCCUACGAUCAGCUGGGCAACUACUAUCCCCUGUCUGAGUGGCUUGUCGCCGAUCCCACGAAUUUGGUAGAGGACGAUGCCACGAUUGACGGUGCCGAUGAAGCGCUCUCGACCAGAGACCUCAAGGACGAUCUUGCGGGAGGAGAGGAGACUACGGAGGAGCUGGAUGAGGAUGACAACGUCCGCCGGAGAGAGGAGAAGGGUAAGGCCGUUGUCGAUGCCCGGGACCAGCUCUCCGUCCUAGCCCGUCUGAGCGAGACUGCGCGCGAUGUCACUGUCAGCUUCGUCAAGAGCGAUAGCGUCAGAACUGUUGCUCGUAAAAUCCAGGAGCAGUCAGGACUCGCCAGCACCAAAAAGAUUCGCAUCGCCUACAUGGGCAAGAUCCUUAAGGACAAUCUCUCCCUCGCUGAACAGGGCUGGGCAGAGGGGCAUGUGGUCAACGCCCUCGUUUUCGACAGAUAGCAUCGUCGAGAAUCGCAGGCGGACAGAUAUGCGGCCAUUUGGCUUAAGACGACAUGGGUUCGCCGACUGAGAACGUCGUCUCAAGACAUGCAACGCGAUCUACACUCUUCUCCUCAGUAAAGAACGACGACAAACACGAAUCACAUCGCCAUGGCGUACGCAACACGGCUGCAGACAUGGCGCUACCCCGAUCACAUUCGAUUCGAUUUGGUUGGGUACGCACCUCGGUAUGGAUUUUCCUUUGGUCUGGCUUUCCUCAGUCUGGAUAAAUACCCCCUUUCAUUAUCGUGCGGGACUCUUUUUUCAUAUUCCCUUAUAGUCGAUCAGGCGUUCCGGAGGAUGGAAACCCACUGCCGCACAAAAGAAGUUGGUCAGCAAAUUCAUUGCAGGCGUUCGUUUUUCGUCAUGAGCUUCACUCGCAAAUGUGCGUGGUCUCUUUCUCUUUUUAGUUAUUAAUAGCGGUCAUUACGAUCAUCCAACGAGCGAGCCUUUCUCCAAGGUAUAGGACAGCGA